UGAAAUAAGCUUGGUAAAAAUGAAGGUUGCCAAAAGAAAAAUUUGGACCACAAUGUCUGCUUGAGUUUGAGUAAAAGCUUGACAUAGAUCUAAAUUAUCUAGUUAGAAAUGUAGGCCAGCUGUAACGCUUAUCUCUCUAUCAGGCUGUUGUAAAUUCUGAUUUUCAUUGAUAACAAUUACAUGUUUUUUUUUAAAGUGUACUGGACUAACAAACGUUUGUAGUUUAAACUUGGAAAGUUCUUUGUUUACUUUUGGUAUUUCGAUCAACAAAAAGUGUACAGAUAUAAAAAAGGCUUUUACCUCCAAUCUAAAACGAAGACAUCAAACAAGCUCUGUAACUGCUGCAUCGUGCUGUUUAAACAGCCGCUGUUGACGUGUCAUUCUGUUGGCGUCACUCUUUGAUCUACAAUGAGGGCUUUGUCUGGCAAACUAGUGUCCGGAGUUGUUUUUAUUUGCGUGGUGUCUUGUUAUGGACAGAAUCCAUUUACACCUGGACAGUACGACACGGACUGGAUUGACUUUUCACCAAAGCCAGAUGGCAUACCUUUGCACUCUACAGUGUAUUUCCCCAAACCAUCUGGACUAUAUUCUCCUAUUUUAUUCAUCGGUGGUAUGUAUGGUUGGGCGAGUUCUGGUUACUAUUCCAUCCUUCUGACUGAGCUGGCUAGUCGCGGUUACAUCGUUGUCGGCUUUGACCGUUACUACCCAGGUCAACUGGACCAGCUGACGUCUCCAGUGAGAGCUGUAGGUCGCCAGAAUGAGAGCCCUUCCAUAGAGUUGUUCUUUAACACGACCCAGUGGAUCAAGAACCAUUUGUCCGAUCAGAUUGUAGCUCAGGCUGACUGGACCAAGACUUCUUUGUUGUGUCACUCUGCUGGUUGUGAUGAUACACUAGUCAUGGUCAACGUGAGCCGGACAAUAGCCCAGGCUUCAGUGUUUCUAGAUCCAAUGAGUUUGGAUGCAAUGGUCUUGCAGACCUUAAACUCUAAGGUGAAAAUUCUGGCUUCCAUGUCUCAACUGUCUGAAGAGAAACCUAUGUGCUGUAUUCCUGGGACAGACUACAGAAAAAUUUACGAUCUUAUGAACUGCACCAAGGUCAGAAUGCAGGUCAAGGACUUUGGUCACUGCGACAUUAUGGACGAUUUACUUUGGGAUGUUUGUCAUUCGGCCAACGUUUGCAGAACUACGAACAACACCAGGCUAGAGAACUACCGAACUUUUGCAGCGGGUGUCAUCCAUGGAUUUCUGCAGUGGGCAAUUUACGGAAAGACCGACAUGCAAAAAUACGUGACCAAUCAAGCGUACAUGCCAUUACCACUUGUGGACUUGGCAUUUGAUUUGAACUGCUAGUUGACACUCUAUACAACUUUACUUUGAUUAAAUUAACUUUUUUUUAGAUUGAGGAGAUUUAUGCAUUCUUGGGAGCCCAAUUCAAAAUAUGGCAUGUACAGAAAUAUUUUUUUUGUGACAGAUUUUUCUUUUUUUUUCCCCUUUAUAAUAACAAGUUACUGUAUGAACUGUUUAUGGAUUGUAGAUGGUAUAAAAUAAUAAAAUGAAAAAAAAAAAUAAUAUGUACACUAAAGUUGCGCAACACUUACCAAUGUAAUGUACACAUAUUUUAUAAUAUGAAUAUCAACGCCUCUUAUAAAGACUACCGCUUAGAUCUACUAUAUAGAUAAUUAAAGAUGUCUUUUUUUGUUGCGUA